AAAGAGUGAGGUUAUGUUACAUUGUUUAUAAAUAAAUUUGAAGUGGGUAUAAUAAUUAUCUUAUAUUUGUUUAUUACUUUUUAACACUGUCGGACUUCAUUAGUUUUGUUCUUAAAAAAUUCUCACGAGAAUAUGGACUAUCAAGGAGACAGGGACGAUAGUCCCGAACCAUCGCCUUCAAAAAGUCGUAGAAAAGGCUCCUAUGAGUUUGGAACAGGAGACAGUUCCGAAUCGUGCCAAAAAAUGGUAGACAACUCUGAGAACGUACUUAAAGUUUUGAAGAGACUCUAUUUCGAAAAAGAAAUGUGCGAUGUCUAUUUUGUCGUGGGCCAUAAGGAGUAUGGUGCUCACAGAAUCAUUUUAUGUGCCUCCAGUGAUGUUUUUCACGUAAUGCUUAUGCGUCCAGAGUGGUCAGAAUGCCACGAAAGUAGAAUCGAACUUCAAGAAAUGUCUGUAUGUGAACCAGUCUUCCCAAUGUUUUUAGAGUAUUUUUAUACAGGAAAAAUUAUGAUUACACAUACUAAUGUCAUGCCUAUUCUGGCUUUGGCAGAUAAAUACAUGGUAAAGAGCUUAUCACGAAUAUGCAUUUCUUAUAUGUGUAAACAUGUCCCUCAUGCAGUAUACCACAACCAGUUGUUCUCUUGGUGGCAGUAUGCAACAGCUUGUGGCCAUAAUGUAGUGUUUGAAACGUGCCAAAAUUACAUCAAGAGGAACUUUGAGAUUGUUGCCAACACUCCAGACUUUUGUAACUUUGAUAUCAAUAUGUUCUCUCACAUUCUGGAACAAAAUGAUAUAGUCGUUCAUAAUGAAAUUGUUUUAUAUAACUGUGCCGUUAGAUGGUUAGAUUUACAGAGGAUUAAAUUGUACCAACAUGGAUUGACUUCUGAGGAAAUUGAGACAGAAUUUAGAUUAUUGACUGAAAAAAUCCUGACUUACAUUAGAUUUCCAAUGAUGAGUCCAAGAGAAUUGGCAGAUCUGGUUCUGUCACCUGUGCUAAAGCUGCAUAAAGAGUUCUAUAUGGACAGAAUGUCUAUUAGUAUGAACUACCAUUCUGGUUAUACAGAACUAAUCAAACAAUAUUUCAAUACAGAUGAAGGCAAAAGACUGUUUACUCCUAGAUUAUAUACCUGUGAUAGCUGUAGUGCCCUUUUGACAAUAGACAACUUCAACAGCAUUCCAAAUUACCAUACUAGCACCUUUGUUUUUUCUUCUUGUCUCUCCACAGCAGAACAUCAAUCAGGCAAUAUCAACGAAUGGCUGGUUGAUCUAUAUCCAAAAGGUGUCUGGUUCAAAAAAUGUUUCCUGAUCGUAUGGCAAGGCACAUUAGAGGUCCCGGAAGAGAUAUUAACAACAGUGAGGCUCUCUCUAACAAGCAGAGAGCUAUCAGAGUCAACUUCGAGGGUCAAAAUAUCAGUUCUGAUAUAUGGAAUGCAAGGAGGAGUGGAACAUGUUAUGGAAGUAAAGGAAGUUAUUCACCAUUUUAGCGAUCAAGAAAGGACAGUGAAUAUUGACAAUCUUAUUCCUUUCUAUGAGCUGAAUAAGCAGGCUGCUUCACAAGACCAAAGUGAGCCUGUUUAUCUUGUAGGACCCAACAGGGACUCACUGAAGCUGAAUUUGGUGAUUGCUCCUGUUACCUAGCACAUAGUGUUUAUGAUUAGGAAUAUGAGAAAGUUGAAUAUAUGUAAUAUACCUAAAAGUUACAUUUACAAAAAUUUAUUGUUAGAUGCCUAAAUAAAGUUGGUAUUAUUUUUAAA